AUGAGGAAACGGAUGCAUAAUAAUUGUCUUGCAGCGCCGCAUCCCCUGCCUGCUGCCGUGGCUGCCUACCAGCUCGUGCUCAUCUGCCAUGGCGAGAGCGCCUGGAACCUGGAGAACCGCUUCAGCGGCUGGUACAACACCGACCUGAGCCCGGCGGAGCACGACGAGGCCAAGUGCGGUGGACAAGCGCUGCGAGAUGCUGGCUAUGAGUUUGACAUCUGCUUCACCUCAGUGCAGAAGAGAGCGAUCCGGACGCUCUGGACAGUACUGGACGCCAUUGACCAGAUGUGGCUGCCAGUAGUGAGGACUUGGCGCCUCAAUGAGCAGCAUUAUGGAGGUCUGACUGGCCUCAAUAAAGCAGAAACUGCUGCCAAGCAUGGUGAGGCCCAGGUAAAGAUCUGGAGGCGCUCCUAUGACGUCCCACCACCACCGAUGGAGCCUGACCACCCCUUCUACAGCAACAUCAGUAAGGAUCGCAGGUAUGCAGACCUGACUGAAGAUCAGUUGCCCUCCUGUGAGAGUCUGAAGGACACUAUUGCCAGAGCCCUGCCCUUUUGGAAUGAAGAAAUAGUUCCUCAGAUCAAGGAGGGGAAGCAAGUACUGAUUGCAGCCCAUGGCAACAGUCUUCGGGGCAUUGUCAAACAUCUGGUGGGUCUCUCCGAGGAGGCCAUCAUGGAGCUGAACCUGCCCACUGGAAUUCCUAUUGUCUAUGAACUGGACAAGAACUUGAAGCCCAUCAAGCCCAUGCAGUUCCUGGGAGAUGAAGAGAUGGUUCGCAAAGCCAUGGAAGCUGUGGCUGCUCAGGGCAAGGCCAAGAAGUGA